AUGAGUGAAAGGGAUCGAGCCCGCCGCAUUUUGCCAGCUUCAGUGGCCAGCCAAGUGACCCUAGAAGGACCUGAGCGUGUUGAGGUGUGCUUGCUCUUCCGAGAUGGAAUCUGCACAAUGGGUGAUUCUUGCAUGUUUGCACACUCUCCCUUGCUGCUGCCGCUUCCCGCGGCUGCUGCGGCAACGGCGGCAGCGGCAGCGGCAGCGGCUGCACCCGGAGGCGUUGCCGCUCCCCUUUUAGGCGGGCAGCAGAGGCAGGAGGAUCAGCAGAUGCAGCAGCAGCAUCAGCAUCAGCGGUUGAGGCAACAGCGGCAGCGGCGGCAGGAGAGGCUGCACUAUUGGCAGCGGUGGCACGAGCCUCUGCGUGAGCUGGCAGAGCGUGAAGACUUCUUUGAGUCGUUUGACACCCUUGAUACUCCCAGGAGUUUCUACAAUCCUGAGUGGCCCGCGGUUUCCUACGCUGCACACCCAGCAGCUCCAGGCGGCGCCUCUGCUCAAGAAUUUGGAGACUCGAGGGGUCACGUCCUGCUGCCUCGGUACGCGGCUCAGAUGCAAUCAUCCUUCGAAGAAGACGUGCCCCAUAACCCUCGAGCUGUGAGCCUUCUUAGAGCAGAAGCAGCACUGCGUUCUACGCAGGCAGCCCCUGAGGCUUCACGCCACCCUGGAGAACCUCAGACCCCUCAGAGGCCUCAGCCUGCUCCGCAGCCCUCAUCCAGGGGAGCCCGACAGCCGCGCUACAGAGGAAGCCCUCUUUUCGACGACGAGUUCCUCUUGGGCUCGCUGCUGUGUGCGGCAGCAAGAGACAGAGUGCCCCGUCUCUCCCCCCGCUGA